AUGAAAGCAAUCAUCAUUUUAUGCAUUUGUCUAUUUGGUAUCAUUAGUCAAGUUAAUUCUAAUGCAUCAACAGGAAUUAUUCAAAAAGAAAAACUAGGUGAUUAUGAUGUUAAAAAAAAAGUUAUAAUGACACCGGAUGCUCCAAAACCUAUUGGACCAUAUAAUCAAGCCAUUCAAACUAAUUAUCUUCUUUAUUUAAGUGGUCAAAUUGGAAUUGAUCCUAGAACAGGUCAAUUAGUAUCAGAUGAUGUUCGAAAUCAAACUCAACAAGUAUUUCGUAAUAUACAAGCUGUUUUAAAUGCAGCUGGAUCAGAUUUAACUCAAGUAGCACGUUGUCUUGUUCUCUUAACUGAUAUGGAAGAUUUUCAAGCAGUAAAUACAAUUUAUGCAUCAUUUUUUUCUUCAAUGGAAAAUUAUCCAGCUCGAACAACUUUUGCUGUUAAAACAUUACCAGCAAGUGCUAAAGUCGAAAUUGAAUGUACAGCAUUUUCAAAAAAAGAAUAA